GCUGCUUUGGUAUGCAUGAGCAUUCACCACCUCCCUCCCGUCGUUAUCCCGGAGGGUAGCCUUCCCUUGCUUGGGCGCAAAAAAAAAAAAAAAAGAAGGAGUCAUAAGUUUUCAAUAACUGCUGAAGUGAGCGCGGGAUGUCUUCAGCAUUCUUAUAAAUAUCCAAGAGGCAGUCUAUGAAUGUAAAUGUUUGAAGAUUAUAUUGGGGACAGUCAAAGAAAAUGUGAUCAAGAGUUUGGAUGGAUAAAUUACAGAAUUGACAAGUUGGAGGAUCUAAAACACCGAUCCUAAAUAAAUGAGCACCACUACGAGAAUGUCCCAGACGUAACCGACAAAUUGUGGAGUAAAAUUUUCUGUGGACAUUUAAGGAUAGAAGAAUGGAUGAUAAUUGUUCUAAAUCAACAUUAUUAAAUGCUCCUACAACAUCCAAAAAAACACCAGCCCAUAUCUUAUUGCCAAUCUGGGCACUAUGGAUGUCAAGACAUAAAUGCUGUACACUCUCACAAGCAGAACGACCACAUCGAAAUCAAAAUUGAUUAUUAGGAAAUAGGUGAUGUUGGUAAGAUGACGUCACUACGAGUAUGUUUGAUCACAUUUCUGAUCUCGAUGGCCGCAACCCUGGCCAUGCCCGACAGACUCGUUACAGAAGAAUACAUAGCAGUCGAUCCAAAAGAUGUUUAUAACCAAGUCCCACAGAAGCGAGCAGCGCUGGUGUUAGACCGGCUGCUCGUAGCGUUGCAGAAGGCUUUGCGGGAAGACUCCCGCGGCGCACCGUCACAGCGUUACGACGCCGACAGAGAUGGACCUAGAACGGCGCCGCUACGGUUGGCUAGUUACGACGCUAAUGAUCUGAGUGGACUUCAACGGCGCGGGCACACUGCGAGUCGGGGCCGCGUGUUAAGAUGUUAUUUCAACGCGGUUACGUGUUUCUAAUACGCAAAUAAUAACCACUAUUAAAAAAUCUUAAAAUAUUUACAUUACAUAAGGCAUAUAGCUUUUACGAUGAAUCUACAUAAAAUUUUUAUACCACUAUUUCUUUUAUCAAUAGAUAUGCUAUUUUAUAUAUUUCAUCUUUCACAUUUAGUCAAAAAUCUUUAAAAGCUAUUUAAAUAGAGAGAAAGGUAAUCGUAAUUCAAAGCAUAUCUUGUGUAUGGAUUAAAUAAAAAUGCUACUACUUCCUAUAUUAUUAUCAUUAAGCACUUAAUUAAAUUAUUGAAAUUAUCCCUGCUUGCUAAAGAUUGUUGAUAAGUUCAAAUAUUUAGGUCACAUCAUUUCGAAUGACUUAAGAGAUGACUAUGACAAAGAGCGGGAGCGUAGAGCGCUGUCAGUGAGGAGUAAUAUGCUCGCCCGCAGGUUUGCACGAAGCACAAAUAAUGUUAGUGUUAUUAUUCAAAGCAUUCUGCCAGUCUUUUUACUCGAGCGACUUGUGGGUGUAGUAUUCGCGAGGGGCUUAUAGCGUUCUACGUGUCACAUAUAAUAACGCGUUUAGGAGGCUGUUGGGGCUACCGUGGCGUUGCAGUGCUUCUGGAAUGUUUGCUGAUGAAUCUGUGGAUGGUUUCCAUGCCAUAAUGCGCAAAAAAGCGGUCUCCAUGUUGCAGCGUCUACGUGUAAGCAGUAACAGCAUCCUAAAGAUGAUUGCUGCCAGAGCUGGCUGUUCCUUCCAGAAUCACUGGAUACAGUUAGCUCUAGGUUUAUAAAUAUAAUCCACUAAUAAUACUAACAUAGUUCAUAAGAAAUAUUGUUACAAAUACUUUAACUAAUAUAUAUGGAGAUCUCUCUGAAUUAAAUAAAUAAAUAAAGGCUGUUACUUAACUAAAUGUACAUAUAUAAGUUUAUUUAACAUAUCAAAUUCAAUAAUAUUUAUACUUAAUGUUACUUUUU